ACCGAUGAUAUUUAAGAUGGGUUUGUUCCAUUUAGACUGCCAGGAAGCUGCAUCAGCAAGCCAACACGCACAAUGCCAGAGCCUGUCACAAACACACGGAAAUGGAAAACAGCUGCCAUCAGUGUUGCGUCUUGGUUACACCAGCAUGUGUUUGUCUCAGGAUAAAUACAUACACACACACCUGAAAUGUCAAACAUUAAAGAUAUUCUAAUACACUAAUACAUUCUCACAAUCCUGUUCUAGGGACUGGUAAGGUGGCAAAAGCUGUGGCUGCGUCUUUGUUAAAAAGACACCACAAACACACAACACUCAGGACCACAGUGCUGCAUGUGGUCUGUGGGUUGGUGAUGAUUUACAGAUGUAAUACCACUCCCGUCCUGCAGGUGUCGCUGCAGGGGGGUACAAUGUAAACAUCGCGGAGCGGCGGCUAAGUGACAGCAGAUAACGUCGGUGGAAAUCCAGGAUGUUUUCUUUCAAAGAGGCAAUGGGGACCAUUAAAUAGUUUCCCACUCUGUCGUGUUAAUACAUAUUACCAUUAACUUUAAGAUUAUAGCCAUCUAAAAGCAGUAUUGGUGUCACUGCGCUUCUGUUAAGAGACCAAGCUAACUAGCUAGCUAGCUUAGCUUCAGCGGAGGGAUGAACUCUCUGGUCGGCUACGGAGUGUCGUCGGACUCUGACAGCGAUGGAGAUGCGGAGGAUGUAAACAACGGUGGAGUUAGCUCCUCCAGUUCUGUGAAGGAGCUGAGUGAUGAGGCUCCAGGUGACAAAAGGACCCGCAACUUCUUGCUGGAGACUGGUUCAGCUUCUAGUGAUUCAGAACCAGAGGAAGAUGACCCAGAGCCCUCCUCAUCACCACCACCACCGCCACAUCUUCACACACCAGCAUCCUCCGCAGCCCGCCAGUCCACCCUGCCUCCUCCUUCCCUGGGCUCCCUCAACCCCAACAAACUCCCUCCUCCUUCUCUGAACACCUGCUCUGACAGCAGUGUGUUUGCCAACCCCUUCAAGGCCCAGGCAGACCAGAAGCUCAGCGCCUUGCAGAAACACGUCCCCCUCACACUGCAGGCCCAGCCCUCCCAGAUAGGGGGUAAAAGGAUGUGUGUGUCGUACAGGAAGGACGGAAGGUGCAGGUUUGGGAUCAAGUGCAAGUUUGCUCAUGACAGUGACCUCCAGACCCCGGUGACCCCCACUGACUGUCAUCCAGCUGUGAGCGAAGACCUGUCAGAUCCAGAUGAGUCCCAUGCAGGUGACUCAUGUGUCAGAGGACAGGAGACAACGGAGGAAGAGUCAGGAGGGCAGCAAGCGAAGAAGAGGAGGGUCGGACUGAGUAACACCUUAAUACCCCCUAAACGAGCUAUGAAGCAGUUUUCCAUGCAAAGGGACAGAGAGCGGGUCAAUAUGUCCUGAUGGGUUUUUACUGUGGCGUCAUUAAGCAAUAGUAGUGGGAAGAAAUGUCUUCUCUAUGUGUGUGUGUAUAUGUUGUAGAAAUUGUGCACUGUCCUCAGUAGGGACGAUUGAUGACUCAGGCAUACAGUUGUGUUUUUAUUCCCCACAAACGCUCGAGAACAAUUUCUUGCCCUUGCUCAAAGACAUUCUAACAUGUGGACAAAAAGGAGCUCGCCAUUGAUAUUAAGGGUUGACUCUAUCUACCAGGCACACUCAUACACUUUGGGACAUGCUCCAGUCAAGUCUACAAGGGUUCGGGGCUGUCGCCAAGCACAUGAGAGUCCCUCAUGGAGGUGUGGAAACGUUUGUGGCCACUUCCUAUAGGUCUGCAUUUGUCCAUACUCUGUCUAAGUGAAAGCCCCCAGUUCACAGUGUUGUAAUGUUGAACACAGGAUUAGCAUGGGAUGAAACAACAAAGAUAAUCCAGAUGAUCCACCAUUUUCUAUUUUUUGUGAUGAAUGCAAAUGUACAAAAUUGCAGGAGAUGUGUUAUUUUCUGCCGAACUGACUCUCUACUUGAUUUACUGUUUAUUAAAGGUGCAAUAUGUAAGAAUUAGCUACUUGUUGAAUUCGUUUGUCAAAAAGGGGGGCAGCAUAGGACCAGAGUAUCCUCUGUCUGCUGCUAACUGUAGCUGUUGUUAGCUCAAUUAUAAAAGAAAAUAAAACAUUGCAACACAUUAAAUAGAUGCCACAGUGUCAGAAGUGUUGUUCCCCCUCAUUCCAUUGAUAAUUUUAUGUUUUACAUACUGCACCUUUAAACAUCAAAAAGCAAUACACUUUUAAAACUUUAUUAAACUUUUUCCCUGAAACCUGACUGAA